AGGAGCGGAAAACACAUCAACACACACUCGCACACGACAGGACGAGGAUGGAGUUGUCACUGAUGGCAGCGCAGCAUUUUCCAGCCGUCAGCGGAGCCUUCAUGGACUCUCCAUACAACGGCAGCGCGUCCCUCCAGACCUCCACCUCCAACCUGAACACCAGCAUCUCCAGACCGGCCGAGCAGGAGGAGGAGGGGAAGUUCUCCAGCGACGCCAUCUGGCUGUGGGUCGCCGUCAUCGCCACCAUCGGGAACAUCGUGGUGGUUGCGGUGGUCUGCGCCUGUGCCUUUUAGACCCCGUAGUGCGCAAGAACACAGCCUGAACUCCUGAUCCCCCCUCACUAGCGCAACUGAAAGAAGCACACUGCAGCCUGCUAAAGGAUGUCUAAAUGAACGUCUGUGAAGAAUAAAAAACUUUGAGGAGCUCAACAGAAACUCGACAUCCAGACGUGGACAACCCUGACAUCCAGAUAAUACCACACUGAUUCAUUAGCAGCGGCUUUUCUGUUGAAGAAACAGAGCGGAUACAUAACUGUUCACGUUUUUAACACGCUCUGUGUGCAUAUAUAAUAAUAAAAUUAGUAGAUCUGUUUUUUUUCUUGUGGAGUUUCCACAGCUGAAUUACAAAUGUAGUCAAACAGUCUGAACCAAAAGCGAGCAAAAAUAUUU